CCAAGCUUGACCUGACAGUAAUACACGUAGAAAAGAAACCAAAAACAUAAAAAUGACGUACAAGCCGUCCGAGUCACAUGUCCAAAGUAUGCCGGCUUGCAUUGCCGUUUAUGGUUACAUGUCCGCCGGGGAGAAACACCGUGAAGUCUCCCCCUGUGAUCUGAACCAGAGCUCAAACACAAUUUCAUCCAUUGGCAACAAACAAGAAAAAACAUGGCUGCUGACAGGGAAUUUGACAUUGUGCUUCUGGGCCCUACUGGGUAUACUGGUAAGCUCUGCGCGGAGCAUAUCGUUCAGAGCCUCCCUACGAACCUUAAUUGGGCUUUGGCUGGCCGGAACUUGUCCAAGGUUGAGGGUGUCGCGAAGGAGCUGAAGGAGUUGAACCCUGACCGCGUGGAUCCUGCGAUUAUUGCCGUUCAGCUAAACCGCGAGGAAUUGCAGCCUCUUGCGCAGAAGACCAGACUUGUUAUCAACUGCGUUGGACCUUAUCAUUCGUAUUCGACUCCUGUUGUUGAGGCUUGCGCUUCCAAUGGGACACACUACGUUGAUGCUACGGGAGAGACCCCAUGGGUGAGGUCCAUUAUCGACAAGUAUCAUGAAACGGCCAAAUCAAAUGGCGCUAUUGUUAUCCCCUCUGUUGGAAUUGAAAGUGCACCCGCGGAUGUCUUGACCUGGUCCACUGUUAAGACUGUUCGUGAGAAGCUCUCCUGCCAGCCCAGAGAUGUGGUCAGCGCCAUCGAAGAGAUGAAAACAUCCGGUGCCAGCGGUGGCACUCUCAACACUAUUUUGACCAUUGUUGAAUCUCUUCCCGCCUCCGAUCUGAUGAAAAUCGCAGACCCUUAUACUCUUGUAGCUUCUAAACCAUCCCGCCAAAUCCCCAACGAGCCCCUUAUUUCCCGAAUCCUGGGCAUCCGUUCCGUGCGCGACCUCGGUACGCUCACCACCUGCCCCUCCGGAACAGCAGACGUGAGCAUCAUCCACCGCAGCAGCACUCUCAUGCCCGAAUUCUACGGACCCAGCUUCUUCUCCCGCCAAUUCCUGCGCGUGCGAAACGCAUUCGUGGGCGCUGCCGUCCACCUAGCCUUCAUGGCCGGAAUAGCACUCAUCCUCCUGCCUCCGGUCCGGACUUUGUUGAAACGCUACAUCUACACUCCCGGCAAUGGUCCUACUAAGGAGGACUCCGUUAACGACCGCGUCGAGUACCGCGCCAUCGCAACGGCAGACCAGGAUGUCCCAUCUCCGCAGCGGGUGUUUGGCAAGUUGACGUACGAUGGGUCGAUGUAUUUCUUCACUGGACUUCUUAUGGCUGAGGCCGCGAUGACCAUUCUGGAUAAUGAGGAGAAGGUGAAAAAAGUCUCUCGUGGUGGUAUUGUGACCUCGGCUACGUUGGGACAGGAGUUUGUGGAUCGUUUGGAGAAAGUGGGAUGUCGAAUUGAGACGCAAGUCUUUGACAAUUGAUUUAUUUGUUGUCUUUUUCUAUUCUUUUAUUAAUGAUGACUUUAUGUGUAUUCUUUUGAUAUCUCUUAGCUAUAGUCAGAUAUGCAGUCAUGCCAUAAAACCAUGAUUCCCCUGCC